UUUAUAAUGGAUGACCUAGACGACCUUUUGGACGACCUAGAAGAAGUACCUGCUAAAAAGACAUACGAAGCUUCCUCUGGAGGCUACUCUGGAUUCCAAAGCAGCAAGCCUAAGAAGACAGAGGAUGAUGAGUUUGAAGAUAUGUUAGAUGACAUGCUUGGGCCGGAUGAUCUCCCAAAGGAAAAAUAUUCAAAACCGAGGAAGGUUUAUACCUCCUCAAAACCUAUUGAUGACUUUGGAGCCUUCGAAGAGGAGCAUAAGGAUACAGGCCACGAUGGUUGGGGAGAACCCUCUUCAGGAUUUGGAGCAAGCUCGUCCUCUAGUGUUCCUAAAAUCGCGAAGAAGGGGGAUAAGUGAUAUCCCGUAGUAGUUGCAGGUGAGGAUAUCCCGAGCGGAUAUUGUGCAAACUCUAAGCACCUAGCAGUCUGUGAUAAACUUAUAUGACUCUCUUGAUCUCACAACGUGGUUAGAUUUGUUGGUAAGAAAUGGAAAGAUGAUGUUGAAUAUCUCUUCUUCAGAAAUUUCAUUAAGAUUCCUGAUAAGCUAAAGACCAAGGCUGUUUUUGAAUCAGGGUAUUGAGCUUACGCAUGCCAGUGAAAAUGGAUCUCAACCGAUACCAGAAUAAGUCUUCCACAUGGAGGAAUUAAGUGGACUUGCCCAGGACAUUAAUGAUACUCGAAUAGCGCUGUUUCAAUUUUCUUUAACUAA